GUGUUUUUUUUUUUUUUCAAAAAAGUUGUCAAAUUAUUUAAUUAUGUUCAAUUAUUUAGAGCCUAUGUACAUUUAGGUGAGGUAUGUAACACAGUAGGCCUGUCGUCGGUUGCAAAAUCAUUGUUUCCAAACCAGUUUCUGAAACAAUCCUGCCACACAUUCUGCCAUUGCUGGUCAAACAAGUCAAAUCCCUGGUUAAACAGCUUGGUACAGAUAGUCCCACCCCUAAGUCACACCAUUUAACAGGCAUGCAAACAGAGCUUUUAAAAAUUCCCUAUGCACUACAGUACACUUCAAGUGAACUCAAUAACUAAAUACUUUUAUUAAUUCGUUUAAAGAAGUCGGUCACUGAAUACAAAUUGUUUUCCUUAUACAUCUGACGGCACAUUAAAAUGAAGAAAAUAUUUUAACAUUACGUGGUGAUUUGAGGUGUAAAUGGGAAUUACAUUAAGUUGAAGUUAUUGAGAUAAAUGUAAACAGUCUAAGUGGAAGAAAUGUAUAAAUAAUCUACAUAUUUAACUACACUUUGAGUUUGAGAAAAAUAUUAUUGGAACAGCACAGUACAUGCCCAGUCUCGCCAUCAUUCAUGUGCUACACUCACUAGACUGCAGUACCGCUGUUAUAAUGCGGGGGGCACUGUUGAGCUCUAACUGUUGUCCCGGAUGCUGAUUGGUUGUCUGUAUGACGUCACCAGCUCCCGCGGAAGUGUUGUGGAUUGGAAAUAGAGGUUAAAUGCUGCAUCGAGCACAGCGGGUGAAGGAUACAUUUACCUUACAGCCAUGAGCUGAGGCUCUCCAAACCUGUCUGUCCCAAUGAUGAACGACAAGCUGGUGUUUUUGGGGCUCCUGUACUUCAUCCAGGGUAUACCAUAUGGCCUGCAGUCGUCCCUGCUUCCGGUGUACCUGCGAGGUGCCGGGCACUCCCUCACUCGCAUCAGCCUUACCAAAAUCCUCUACUUUCCCUGGGUGCUCAAGGUCCUCUGGGCUCCUCUGGUUGACCGUUCAGGCACCAAGCGGUACUGGUUGGUGGGCACGGUAGCAGGCUUGGCCCUUACCUGUUUGUUCAGUGCUACCCUCACCCCUGAUGUUCAGUACAUGGGUGUAGCGGGAUCCCUGCUCGCCAUGAAUAUGCUGGCGUCAGUGCAGGACAUUGCGGCUGAUGGAGCAGCCGUCCGGCUGCUGAGGGGGCAGAGUGAGGUGGGCCUGGGGAACACGGUCCAGGUAGUGGGGUAUAAAGCCGGUUCUGUGUUUGCUGGAGGGGGGCUUCUGGCUGUGAUUGAUGUUGCAGGAUGGGGCUGGAUGUUUGCUCUGCUGGCUUGUGUGUAUGCUGGCGUUGCUCUUUUUGUGUGGGGCGCCCCGGCGUUGGACGGAGAGUCGGCACGAGGGCAGGCAGAAGGACGGAGAGGGUCGAAGGAGGCCAUUCAGCCCUGGAAGGUGUGGAGGAAACUCCUGUCUGUGCCAGGAACACCAUGGACGGUAUUCUACGUCCUCACUUACAAGCUAGGUGAACAGGGGGCGAUCACCAUGUUUCCACUUUUCCUGUUGGACCAUCACAUGACGGCCAGAGAGCUGGGUGUGUGGAACGGAGUGGUUGCCAUGGCGUUCUCCAUCUGUGGCUCCUCAAUUGGAGGCUUUUUACUGUCUCAAUACAGUAUUGGUCUGCUCAUGAGACGUGUGUUUAUGUUGCGGACUUUCAGCAUGGUCUUCCAGAGCUCAUUGCUGGUGGUGCUGGAACCUUCGCCCCUUAUGACAGGUAUGGCAGUGCUAAGUCUGGGUUUGCAGCAUUUCAUAGCCGGCCUCAUCACAACUCUCACCUUCACCGUAAUGAUGAACUGCACGCAGAGAGCCGAAGAGAGCAUACAGGCGACCCACUACAGUUUUCUGGCCACUCUUGAGGUCCUUGGGAAGCUGAGUUUUAGUGCCCUGGCUGGGGGCAUGGUGGACACUGUGGGCUUCCCCAUAGCCUUCAUCCUCUUCCUUUUCCUCACCUCCAGCAGUGCCCUCCACGUGUGGAGAGCCACAGAGACUGGCAUCCUUAAGGAACAGGUCAAAGGGCAACCACAGUGACCAGCAUUAACCAAUCAGAGGGCACGAGUGAGUGAGCAUGUCUGUGUGAAAGAGUCAUGCUGUAUGCAUGGUGUGUAAUAUACUGGUAACCAAAAGCCAGUGAAGCAAACUUUUUGCUUUUAUUUACAACAUAACCAGCAGUUACCUUGACAUGAGCCACACCGAGCACUUUCAGCAAAUACCCGUAGCUCAGUAAGACGAUGCAAAUCUUAACAGCUGCAUUAACCCUGUAUAUUUCAUCAGCAUGAAGGGUGUAAUCACUUUUUCUGAAUAGUGACAACUCUGAGCCAUGAACAUACACCUCUGGUACAUUAUGCUUGAAGGUUUAAAAUGUAAUUAAUUGAAAAAAAUUAUAAGAAAUAUAAAUAAAUUAUACAGUCUGCUGUAAUGAAAAAUGACAAUUACACACUCAGAAAAAAAGGUAUAAAAGCUAUCACUUGUGCGGUACCCUUUCAAAAAGUACAUCUUUGUAUCUCAAAGGUACAUAUCUGUACAUAAUGGUAUAUUUUGGGAUCUUUUUAAAGGGGACAUAUCAUGAAAAUCUGAGUUUUUCCAUGUUUAAGUGCUAUAAUUGGGUUCCCAGUGCUUCUAUCAACCUAGACAAUGUGAAAAAGAUCAAUCCAGUAACUUAGUUUUGGUAAACCAUUCUCUGCAAGCAUGUGAAAAAAUAGGACAUUGAACUUUGUCUCUCCUUGUGAUGUCAGAAGGGGAUAAUCCCGCCCCUUAAUCUGCACUAUCCAACGACGGCACUGCCAUUUAGUGCAGAGAUCAGCUCAUUUGCAUUUAAAAGGACACACCCAAAAUGGCACAUUUUUGCUCACACCUACAAAGUGGCAAUUUUAACAUGCAAUAAUAAAUUAUCCAUAUGGUAUUUUGAGCUAGAACUUCACAUCAAUACACCAAAAACACCAAAGAUUUAUUUGACAUCUUAAAAAUUUCUUGUGAAAUGUUCCCUUUAAAAGGCACCGUCCCAAUGAAAGCUUUUGUACUUCUGACGGCACAGCUGCUUCAGAAAUAUUGCUGGGUGAAAGAUUUGAAGAUUUUUAGGAAUUAAGUUUAGUUUGGCAUUGAUCAUUUACACAUUCCAUCAUGUACAGCAUUUAUUGAACUUAAAUUUAAAGCACAAACUCGUUGAAUUUCCUCGUUUCUUGUCACACUGAUUUCAGGUAUCAUGAAUGUUUGGGACUGUUCUGGGGGCUGAAAUGGCAUUGCUUAGUGGGGUGUUUGUGUGGAUUCUUAAUGCAAUACUUGUGUUAAAGUGGUCAUAUCAUAACCACGUCAUUCCAGCGCGAAUACAGCCACAUGGCCUCUUUCCCCCAUUUUUUAAUAUGAGGACGCCUCUUCUUCUUCAUUGGAUAACUCCUCUCCCGGGGCAUCAUGGGAUAGUGAAGUGUUCAUUGUAUGCACACUAUUAACCGGUAGUAGUAGGUCAUCUGGGUAGUUUCGCUUACUGUUUUUGGAAUACUAUGAAUUCGGACAUACUACUCGCCUCGCCUGCUGCUUUUCGCCGACUAUAUAUAUGGAAGUAGGCGCUUUCGGACGCAGCCCUAGCAUUUUUAACAGAGUCUCCGAUCAAUUCACUCAGACCUUGAAACGUUUGAGGACAGAUUGUUAUGUGAACCUUAUCCUUACAAUAUCUUACAGGCUAAUGAAGGGUUGAACAGUGCAAACGAUAUUGGACCCAACAGCAAGCCCUCAACCAGUGUGUAUCUCAUUUCAGUGUGGAGGAGGUUUGAAUAGAAGUCUUAAAGGAACGACUUCUUCAUUUAUUGAUAUUAUUAAAGUACAGCUCCUAAAUAGUCGACUUCCAAAACAUACAACUUUUGUUGGUAAGUGGACCUCAGGGAAAUAUGAUAUGACCACUUCAAUGUCUGUGAAAUACUGUAGUUUGAAACAGUUAAAUACAUCAUGCUCAUAUUUUUGAGCCAAUACUGCAUUCAUUGAAAUGUUAUUUUGUAUAAUGACUUUUAUUUUCUGCAUUUACUAUGCAGUGACACAAAAAUUAAUUUGUGGUUAGCUUCUUAGCUUACCUGACAAAUCAUUUUGUUUAAGGUUCUUAAGUGGAAGUGAAAUAAUGAAUUGACAUCUGAAAUGGUGGUAAAGAAUUUUGGGUAACUGUGUGUACUUUCGUUGUUUGUCAACCACCUUUAGGUUUAUUUUCUACAGCUUUUAAGUUUGAAUUGCCUUAUUUUUUAUUAUGUACCAUAGAGCCAUAAAUGUUUUGACUUUUGUAAGGAGAAAUGAGGUUUCCAUUACCCAAUAUAUUCAAGACGCAUUGAAACUACACUGUACUGUAAUUUAUACAAAUGUUAUGUAGUUUUGACAUAGAUUAGAUAUGGAAAGGCAUGAAAUAUCUAUUCUGUUACAUAUUCAUUAUCUUAAAGACAACAUUACAUUUCCUAAGAGCACACUGCGCACCGAAGACUUCGAAUUCAACAGUUAUACAGUAUAAAUAUAAUAAUAAUAAUUAUUAUUAUUUAAUGUGAAUAAUACAAUAAUAUAUUUUUAAAGGUCAACAAACCAUGCAAAAAUAAAGUAAUGGGAUAACGUACAGAUUGUUUUAAUUUGCCGUUAAUCCCUCUAUAGACCCUUUUACUGUUUGUAUACAGGGAUGACUUGGCAACGUAUGCGCGCGCAUUUUGGCGCUGGAAGUAUGGCAGGAAUCAGCAGUUAAGCAACACAAACAGACAAAGUUAUUUUAAAAAGUUGACUUAUCAACUAUUUCAACACAGUUACCAGAUCCGUGUACUAUAGUGGAGUGGAUAGAAGACGUUAGCAGAUGCCCAAAUAUAAAGUGGCCAGAUACAUAUAUACGUAUAUUGUAUUAGUGCAACCAAACGCAACAACCAGACAUUUUGAUGUGGGAAACCGUUUUAAUAAACUUUCUGAGUUGCUUACACGUUAGAACCAAUGGGGAACACCACCACUUCUGUUGCCGAAAUGCGCGCGCAAGCUAUUAGAUCACAUGGGCUGUAAAAGGGUCUAUUAAGCAACGUUCAACGUUACCAAACAGUGAACCAUCUUUAGCAUAUAAUAAAAGCAAUUACUAUAA